AUGAGUAAAAUCCCUCGCAAUAUUAGUUCGUUCGGUCCGUCCUCUUCGUUACAGCCCUCCUUCUCGUCUGUUCCAGGGAUUAAGGCUACCGCUGAACUACCUGGUCUUUCUACACCUCCCUCUUCCCCGGAAAUGGAAGUUGCGGAUACUGUCAUGGAGGAUGCUGUGGACACUGACAUGGAGGAUGUUGUCAUUCCUCUGGACCUGACACUUCCAUCGACUCCACGAGCUUCUUCUGUACUCGUUCCGAUGCCGUCUCACCCAGAGACCCCGUUGGCUUCUUCUCCCCUGUCUGUACCUCAGGUUGUUGAACCUCCCUCUCCGUCCUCCUCACCCGCUUCGUCGCGACUGCUGUCUUCUCGGACUGUCAUUGAAUAUAUCUCUGACUCCGAAGCUUCAGUUUCAGGGGAAGAUUACAGAACUUCUUACUAUGAACGUCAUCACGAUAACUUUGACUGUUCAGAUGAUGAAGACUAUAUUGACAAACCUAUAAAGAAAAGAAAAGCUAUUACUGGAAAACUUCGUAGAAGAUCAGAA